AUGUUCCUGACAGUGUACCUCAGUAACAAUGACCAGCAUUUUACCGAGGUGCCCGUUACCCCAGAGACGCUGUGCCGGGACGUAGUGGAGCUGUGUAAGGAGCCCGUAGAGACCGAAUGCCACCUGGCUGAGAUGUGGCGUGGAUCUGGUGAGCCUUCUCCCCCUUUACACCUGUAGACGCCUGUCAAUCUGACAACUAACACCUGUAGAGGCCUGUCAAUAAGGAUCCUGGACCAGUAACAAUACCUAUGAUCAAGUGGUUACGUGGGAAAAACACAUCUAGGCUAAUCUUCUAAACAAACUCCAAGAGGAUAUGGAACAUAAAUAGGGAGAGUUUUGAGACAAAAUACUAUUUUGGAAAGAACACAAAGAAUAGAGGUGUGCCAACUGACCAGACUUGAUGCUUCCUCUGAAGAGCUGGUCUUUGUCUGUGCAGUAUCUCUGAUGCUAAUAAGCUGGUUGUAUUAUCUUUGUAGCCCGCCACACAAAUAACAAACCUCUCUCGCUAGUCUCAAGUGUCUCAAUAAUCCUAGACGGGAAGAUUUAAUAAAUACAGACUGGGAACCAGAUUUAUACCUUUGUACAUUUUGCACACUGUUUUGCUGUCUGCACUGAUGUAAAACCGUCUCUGUGUUCUAGGCUUGGGCGAUGUACUGUUAAAACAGAGGUAUUUUGAAAUACCGACGGUAUAAUUGAUUUUUUUGGGGGGGUUGUGUUACGCCACUGCUUAUAACUUUAAGUUAAGUAUAACUAUAAUAAAUCUAAGAUGUGUCAAAUAGAUUAUACAUUUACAUUUACAUUUUAGUCAUUUAGCAGACGCUCUUAUCCAGAGCGACUUACAGUUAGCGCAUACAUUAUUUUAUCGAACCCACAACCCUGGCGUUGCAAAUGCCAUGCUCUACCAACUGAGCUACAUCCCCUGCCGGCCAUUCCCUCCCCUACCCUGGACGACGCUGGGCCAAUUGUGCGCCGCCCCAUGGGUCUCCCGGUCGCGGCCGGCUACGGCAGAGCCUGGAUUCGAAUCAGGAUCUCUAGUGGCACAGCUAGCACUGCGAUGCAGUGCCUUAGACCACUAUUAUAUCCAGCUCAGGGGUCCAGCUAUGAAUUUGGUUUGCUAACUUGUUAGCUAAGAUGCUAGAUGUCAAGAUAAAGCUUUUUGGUUACAGCAGAGACAUUCAAUCCCCUCCUCGAUAAAGAUCCCUGUUGCAUAAAUAGUUUUAUGUGUCAAAAACAUUAGCGCCCCUUGUGUGCACUUCCGGUAAUACCGUAUGCCCUGGUAUGGUACAGAAACGGUAUGACGGUAUGAAAAUCUGGAUGCCGCCCUACCCUAGUGUGUACUGUCCUGAUUAUUGGACAGUCCUUUUUUGUUAAGAGUGAAGGCAUGAGCGAUGUGGUUGGAAUGUUUUAAAUACCUUUGUGCAGUAAUCAACCAGGUGAUUAGUACUUCCGUAUGAUGAAGAGAAGAUGGAUGAGGGUGUUUAGAGGUUGGAGUGGUUGAUUAAUAGGCCUGUUGGAUCAGUGCCAGCUCAUCUGAAAGUAUCAACAACAGAUCAUUGUCCUUCCCAGAGGCACCACCUCUCAGGGAGCUAAAGUGAAAAUGUGACUCGUUUCAGGAAACUAGGCCUAUGUCGCGUGUCACUACUUCACAAGAGAGGCAUUUGAACGUAAACAUAAUUGUUUUUAUCAAAAUGUGUUUUUUGGGGCAGAAAUGCCUUCUGGAACAUGUGAACUUUCAUGUGACUUAAUAACAAACAUGUAUGCCAACUGUAAAUACAAAUACAAUUGUUAAAUUACGAACCUAGUUUGUUUAGCCACGGAAAAAGACAGGAACCUUCCCACUAGCCAUGAUUGGCUGAGAUAAUGGUUGGGCUGGACAUGCUGAGAGAUGAGUUCGGAUUGGUCUGUCAUGUAGCAUGCUUCUGUCUAUAACAAAGGGCUGUUCAGUAUGUGUAGGUAAUCCUUUCUAAUGCGGCUUUUUUGAAAGAUAUCACGAAUAACUGCAAAAGUGUUGCUCUCCACUUUCUGGAGGACAGAGUUUUGAAAUCAGUGGAAUGCCCGGUGGAAGAAAAGAGAAGACACAGAAGGCUGUUGUAUAAAACACCUGUCUCCAGAUUACAUCUUCAAACUAAGGGCAACCAUGGCAUCUGUGACAGAGAGGGAGAAGUGUUCAUCCAUGUAUACGGUUAAGAGAGUCUAGCUAGCUACAUUUUCAGAUAUUAUACGUUUCAAAUUUUGUCAAAGUCAUUUUCAUCAAGUUAAAACGUACUGUUAGCUAACUAGCUAACGUUACCUGGCUGGAUCACUAGCUAACAUUACGUAUAUGAUCUGUGUAGUAAUAUUAUUCGUAUCUCAGAGCCAUUUGCAUUGCUAGUUAUAGCAUAAUGUUAGCUAGCUAACAUUUAAUCUAUUUGGUUAGCUACCUGCAGAUUCAUUGUUUAGCUAGCUACAUGUCUAAACAAAAGACUCCACUAUGCAAGGUACCAUUUCCUGUGACAAAUACAUUUAGAUUUUAUUUGAUAUAGUGAGUGUUUACCAGAGAUGGUAAUGUGAAGAACAACACAGCCUGCACCAGUCAAAUUAGGAUAUAACGUUAGGCCAACAAGACAGUGUCCGAGUUCUAAAAUUCUCUGGUAGAAUGCCCUGCUUUUAUUUCGUCACGCUCACAACCAUGAGCUAUUUUCUGUAAUUAGCUUGCCAUUAACUUGUAAAUAAUGAUCUUGUUGUGAGUUUAUUUUCCUGUAAUAAUGAAUGCAAAUUAGCUAAAGUUAAGACAUUGUCAGCUAUAUGAUGUGGUCCUUAUUUGAACUGGCUAGCCAGCUAACUUAACGUUAGCUAGCUAGUUAACAAGCUACAAACGAACUAAAACAUUGUUUAGAAAGUUGCUUUUAGUUGCCUGGUUUGCUAAAUUGACAAAUACUAAAUUAAUUUUCAAACGGAUGGGUUUAUUGGUGUUAAAAUAUAACGGUUAUGCAACCCACAUUACGCACACCUGGCAACCAUCAUUACGCACACCUUCUCCCAAUCGAUUACUUCCCCUUUAUUUAGCUCUCAGUUGCCUCAGUCUUCAGGCAGUACUGGUUUGCUUUCAUGUUCAGUACGCAUCUCCUGUUUUGUUCAUUUGCCUUUCAUCAUUGUUUUUAAACUCUCCUUCUGCACCUGCUUCCUGACUCCCUGCGUAUACGUGACAAAGGGCCAUUUUCUCAAAGGUUUAUUAACUUUCAAAGCAGAAUUACUUUCCCAUUGUUCCUCAACUGUAGUGUAUGAUAUACCAUUUUUUAACUCUGAGUCUCUACUUUUAUCCAAUGUAAAAAGAAAAACACAAUUUCAAAUUUUGCUACAUAAGAUCGAGCCGGUCGGUCACAAAUGGAAGUCUUGAUUAAAUGCAUAUCCUCAAAAUGUAGACUAGCCUCCCCCAAUCAGUCAGUGUGGUCUGACUGGAUUCACAAACCAUAUGACACACACCUUGACUGCUUUUCCUCUGAGACAAAAUGACUAACAUUUACAGAUGAAUGUAUGUUUGUCCAAUGUAUGGAUGCUGGAUUGGCAGUCCCAUGCGUGUUUGUAAAUGUUUUCUACUCUUGUCACUUUAAUCCAGUGAAAUAAAACACAUCAAUACUGCUAGGCAAGGCUAGAAUUACACACUGAUCUUGUUUAGGAUGAUAGGGGGUUGUUUAAACAUUCAUUGUUUUAUAGGAGGUGCCCAUGUCAUUAUUUCCAAAGCUUGGGGGGAGCACUGAUUUGUUAUGGUUCACUGUUUCCCAAAGCACCACUGUAACUCGAUUCCAUAACCUCCUAAACCUGUGUGUGUGUUCUCUAGUCUAACCCCUUCUUCUCUUACCCCCAAUCAGAGCGACCUGUAGGAGACGGGGAACGGAUGCUGGACGUGCUUCAUCGCUGGGGACAGCACAGGGCAGAGGUGCGCUUCUUCCUGCGUCACGACAGAGCGCCCUGCAGAGAAUCAGGUUAGUUCCCAAUCACCUGACAGGACAAGAUGGAUACAGAAGAAUAAAAGCACGCCACACAUCACAUUCGGAAAGUAUUCAGACCCCUUGACUUUUUUCCACAUUUUGUGACAUUACAGCCUUAUUCUAUAUAAUCAAUCUACACACAAAACCCCAUAAUGGCAAAGCAAAAACAUGUUUAUUGAAAUUUUAGCAAAUUUGAUUUAAAAUAAAAAAACUCAGUACUUUGUUGAAGCACCUUUGGCAGCGAUUUGACAGCCUCAAGUCUUCUUGGGUAUGAUGCUACAAGCUUGGCACACCUGUAUUUGGGGAGUUUCUCCCAUUCUUCUCUGCAGAUCCUCUCAAGCUCUGUCAGGUUGGAUGGGGAGCGUCAUGGCACAGCUAUUUUCAGGUCUCUCCAGAGAUGUUGAUCGGGCUCUGGCUGGGCCACUCAAGGACAUUCAGAGACUUGUCCCGAAGCCACUCCUGCGUUGUCUUGGCUGUGUGUUUAGGGUCAUUGUCCUGUUGGAAGGUGAACAUUCACCCUAGUCUGAGGUCCUGAGUGCUCUGGAGCAGGUUUUCACCAAGGAUCUCUCUGUACUUUGCUCCGUUCAUCUUUCCCUCAAUCCUGACUAGUCACUUAGUCCCUGCCGCUGAAAAACAUCCCCACAGCAUGAUGCUGCCACCACGCUUCACCGUAGGGAUGGUGCCAUGUUUCCUCCAGACGUGACGCUUGGCAUUCAGGACAAAGAGUUCAAUCUUGGUUUCAUCAGACCAGAGAAUCUUGUUUCGCAUGGUCUGAGAGUCUUUAGGUGCCUUUUGGCAAACUCCAGGCGGGCUGUCAUGUGCCUCUUACUGAGGAGUGGCUUCCGUCUGGCCACUCUACCAUAAAGGGCUGAUUGGUGGAGUGCUGCAGAGAUGGUUGUCCUUCUGGAAGGUUCUCCCAUCUCCACAGAGGAACUCUAGAGCUCUUUCAAAGUGACCAUCGGGUUCUUGGUCACCUCCCUGACCAAGGUUCCAAACCUUCAAUGCUGCAGACAUUUUUUGGUACCCUUCCCCAGAUCUGUGCCUCGACACAAUCCUGUCUCUGAGCUCUACGAACAAUUCCUUCGACCUCAUGGCUUGAUUUUUGCUCUGACAUGGACUGUCAACUGUGGGACCUUUAUAUAGACAGGUGUGUGCCUUUCCAAAUCAUGUCCAAUCAAUUGAAUAUACCACAGGUGGACUCCAAUCCAGUUGUAGAAACAUCUCAAGGAUGAUAAUGGAAACAGGAUGCAGCUGAGCUCAAUUAUCAAGUCUCAUAGCAAAGGGUCUGAAUACUUAUGUAAAUAAGGUAUUUAUGUUUUUGAUUUGUUAUACAUUUGCAAAAAUGUCUAAACCUGUUUUCACUUUGUCAUUAUGGGGUACUGUGUAGAACUUGUUGAAAGAAAAAAAUAUUGAAUCCAUUUUAGAAUAAGGCUGUAACGUAACAAAAUGUGGAAAAAGUCAAGAGGUCUGAAUACUUUCCGAAUGCACUGUAUAUACACAUGUUCAUAAACACACCAGACAGUGUAAAGACACAGCCCUGUAAUCAAUUACGUAACAAGUUGUUAGAAAGUAAGUAGAAACUCGGCCCUCCCUCCCCACAGGACAUGGAUUGUGCAACAGAAGCCUAAGACCCCCUUGAUCCGCAUAUGCCUACAGAUUUCUAUUACAAGUCUUCAAAUCCCAGACAAGCCUUUAGCCUAAUGCUCCAGGGCUGUCACUGUGAAGGGGUGUUCAAAUCACAUCUCCAUAAGUUAGUUAGUCCUCGGCCGGCGGGGAUCCUCUCAGCCCCUCGUUGCGUAACUACUAAGCCCUUUACCCCUCACAGCUUGGGUCUGGCUCUGGGAUUAGAUGGCUGUUUUCCUUUCUGGCCAUCUUAGCCUGCUCUUUUUUCCCCCCACACUGUUAGCUUGUUUGUACUUAGACCAUGUCUUCGUAGUUGGCUCCCAUUGCGUUAUUUCGCAUAGAGUUAGUUAGCCUUGUGAUGGGCUACAAUUGCUUAGCUUAGUAUUGUUAGUUAGCCUUGUGAUACAAUCAGCUAUCUAAGCAUUGUGUUCUCUCCAUUGAGAGAGCGCUUAGCCUUUUUUCUCCCAUCUCCUUUCUUCUUUCUCAUAAAGCGAGCUUAGCUAGCGACCAAAAGAGAUGGCUACAGUUGAAGUCGGAAGUUUACUUACACCUUAGCCAAAUACAUUUAAACUCAGUUUUUCACAAUUCCUGACAUUUAAUCCUAGUAAAGUUCCCUGUCUUAGGUCAGUUAGGAUCACCACUUUAUUUUAAGAAUGUGAAAUGUCAGAAUAAUAGUAGAGUGAUUUUAUUUCAGCUUUUAUUUCUUUCAUCACAUUCCCAGUGGGUCAGAAGUUUACAUACACUCAAUUAGUAUCUGGUAGCAUUGCCUUUAAAUUGUUUAACUUGGGUCAAACGUUUCGGGCAACCUUCCACAAGCUUCCCACAAUAAGUUGGGUGAAUUUUGGCCCAUUCCUCCUGACAGAGCUAGUGUAACUGAGUCAGGUUUUUAGGCCUCCUUGCUCGCAACACACUUUUUCAGUUCUGCCCACACAUUUUCUAUAGGGUUGAGGUCAGGGCUUUGUGAUGGCCACUCCAAUACCUUGACUUUGUUGUCCUUAAGCCAUUUUGCCACAACUUUGGAAGUAUGCUUGGGGUCAUUGUCCAUUUGGAAGACCCAUUUGCGACCAAGCUUUAACUUCCUGACCGAUGUCUUGAGAUGUUGCUUCAAUAUAUCCACAUAAUUUUCCUUCCUCAUGAUGCCAUCUAUUUUGUGAAGUGCAUCAGUCCCUGCUGCAGCAAAGCACCCCCACAGCAUGAUGCUGCCACCCCCGUGCUUCACGGUUGGGAUGGUGUUCUUCGGCUUGCAAGGCACCCCCUUUUUCCUCCAAACAUAUCAAUGGUCAUUAUGGCUAAACAGUUCUAUUUUUGUUUAAUCAGACCAAAGGACAUUUCUCCAAAAAGUACGAUAUUUGUCCCCAUGUGCAGUUGCAAACCGUAGUCUGUCUUUUUUUAUGGCGGUUUUGGAGCAGUGGCUCCUUCCUUGCUGAGCGGCCUUUCAGGUUAUGUCGAUAUAGGACUCGUUUUACUGUGGAUAUAGAUACUUUCGUACCUGUUUCCUCCAGCAUCUUCACAAGGUCCUUUGCUGUUGUUCUGGGAUUGAUUUGCACUUUUCGCACCAAAGUACGUUCAUCUCUAGGAGACAGAACGCGUCUCCUUCCUGAGCGGUAUGACGGCUGUGUGGUCCCAUGGUGUUUAUACUUGCGUACUAUUGUUUGUACAGAUGAACGUGGUACCUUCAGGCGUUUGGAAAUUGCUCCCAACGAUGAACCAGACUUGUGGAGGUCUAACCAUUUUUUUUCCUGAGGUCUUGGCUGAUUUCUUUUGAUUUUCCCAUGAUGUCAAGCAAAGAGGCACUGAGUUUGAAGGUAGGCCUUGAAAUACAUCCACAGGUACACCUCCAAUUGACUCAAAUGAUGUCAAUUAGUCUAUCAGAAGCUUCUAAAACCAUGACAUCAUUUUCUGGAAUUUUCCAAGCUUUUUAAAGGCACAGUCAACUUAGUGUAUGUAAACUUCUGACCCACUGGAAUUGUGUUACAGUGAAUUAUAAGUGAAAUAAUCUGUCUGUAAACAAUUGUUGGAAAAAUUACUUGUGUCAUGCACAAAGUAGAUGUCCUAACCGACUUGCCAAAACUAUAGUUUGUUAACAAGAAAUUUGUGGAGUGGUUGAAAAACAAGUUUUAAUGACUCCAACCUAAGUGUAUGUAAACUUCCGACUUCAACUUCAACCUAUCUUCAACCUAUUAAGUGAAUUUGCCAGUGUCAUAUCAUUAGCUUGUAGGCUAAUUAUUUAUCCAGAGUUAGCUUAGCAUAUUAUUUUGCCCCUGAGUAGUCUCCAGGCCUAGCCCAUGUUUGUGACAGAGGUUCUCCAAAACUAUUAUUUACGUUACUUGGUAAAGGCUUGAUCUAGGGCUGGUGCUGAAGGGAUUAGAUCAGGUUCACUGGCUCCCAAAAACACCACCAACCACACAAAUACACUACGCAUGCGUGUGUCAGUGUAUGGUAUCUGAAAGAGCAAGAGCUGUUUCAGUCACUCAUAUCAGCUAUAGUUCCAAUUAACACUUUGCGAGAGUUUCUCAUAGUUUCCUAAACAGACUUGGUGGCUUUUUAAUGUUUCCAGCCCCAAAAAAAACUUCUGCUGCUUUACUCUUCUCUCCGAGUGUCUUUUGACUGAGGUUUUGGACAUGUGUUUCAGGUGGCCCCCGAGGAUCAGACUCAAAGAGGAACGGAGUAAAGAGCCCCUCAGAUAGACUGAUGGAGAACGGGGUGAGUUCAGAAACCAUUGACUUUAGACAAACACUUGGAGACCUUUUAAAACAGUUUUUCAGUUACUCACUGUGUGCAUUAUACAGUUGCUAAUUGCUGAGGGUACACGUACAUUUCCUGUCCUAUGAGUCAUUAGACUGAGCUAUGUUUGACCAUUUCCUUUCCCUGCUGUUGGUAUGCUGGUGUUUAGUUUUCAAACUUUUUAAAAACCUGUAACAGCUAUAACUUCCAAAGAGAAGGCGAGUGAGAGAAGGAGAGGGAAAAACGAGUUUGGUUAAGUCCUGUGUCACCAAUCGCGCAAAAACAUUCCCCAUAUUUGAGCUUGUGCUACUCACCCACAUGCAGAGACUGUACUUGUUCUACUUGGCUUCAGGCCUGUCCUGACAGAUGCAAAACACACAUUUCCUUUGGUUUGGAGUGAGAGAGAGAGGGUGUUUGUACGUAGACUAUGUGUGUCUUACUUUGCCAAUUCUCUUUGGUGUGUGUGUGUGUGCGUGUGUAGCUGACCCUCUCUCUGUGUUGUGCAGGUGUUGGCCCCACGGAUGGACAUGACUCUGGCUGAGCUGCAGGAAAUGGCUGCCAGACAGCAGCAGCAAAUAGACACACAGCAACAACUCCUCGCCUCCAAGGUAACAAGGGAGGGAGGGAGGGAGCGUAGAAAGAUGGAGAAGGGGGGUGGAAAGGGGCUUAUGAGACAUGGAUGAAGAAAGAAAGCAAGGGAGAGCUAGUGGGGUGGGAUGAAAGAGAGCGGGAGAUACUGAGAGCAAGAUAAUGUGAAAGAGGGUGAUGAGAGGGUGGGUGAAGUGAUGGAAAUAAAUGGAGAGGAUGAAAAACAGACGGGGGGUGAGAGACAAAGAGAGAGGAAGAUUAAAGGCGAGGUAAAAGUGAUAGAAAAAAGUGGAGGCAAGGAGCACAGAAGGGGAGUUAUCAGGGAGAGAAAAAGGUUUUUUGGAAUAGGAAGAGAUUGCAAGAUAACCCUUUUGAUGUAGCAUCUGGUUUAUGGGAUGGCCUUGAGCAGGUGGAGUGAUGGAGAAGGUAACAAACAGGAAAAUCAAAUAGCAUUUUAUGUCACGUGCACCGAAUACAACUGGUGUAGACUUUACAGUGAAAUGCUUGCUUAUGAGCCCUUCCCAACGAUGCAGAGUUAAAAAAUAAUAAUACAAAGAAAACAUUUUAAUAAAAUAGUAACAUGAGGAAUAAAAUAAAAUGCACAAGAAUGGAGCAGUACCAGAUCAAUGUGCAGAGGUAUGUGGAAUUUGAGGUAGAUAUGUACAUGAAGGCAGGGUAAAGUGACUAGGCAUUAGGAUAGAUAACAGUAAGAGUAAAAUAAAGAACAGCAGCAGCAAAUUAUGAAUGUAAAAGUAUGUGUUUGAGUUGUGUGGGAGUGUCAAUGUAGUGUGUGUACACAGUAUACAGUGGGGAGAACAAGUAUUUGAUACACUGCCGAUUUUGCAGGUUUUCCUACUUACAAAGCAUUUAGAGGUCUGUAAUUUUUAUCAUAGGUACACUUCAACUGUGAGAGACGGAAUCUAAAACAAAAAUCCAGAAAAUCACAUUGUAUGAUUUUUUAAUAAUUAAUUUGCAUUUUAUUGCAUGACAUAAGUAUUUGAUCACCUAACAAACCAGUAAGAAUUCCGACUCUCACAGACCUGUUAGUUUUUCUUUAAGAAGCCGUCCUGUUCUCCACUCAUUACCUGUAUUAACUGCACCUGUUUUAACUCGUUACCUGUAUAAAAGACACCUGUCCACACACUCAAUCAAACAGACUCCAACCUCUCCACAAUGGCCAAGACCAGAGAGCUGUGUAAGGACAUCAGGGAUAACAUUGUAGACCUGCACAAGGCUGGGAUGGGCUACAGGACAAUAGGCAAGCAGCUUGGUGAGAAGGCAACAACUGUUGGUGCAAUUAUUAGAAAAUGGAAGAAGUUCAAGAUGACGGUCAAUCACCCUCGGUCUGGGGCUCCAUGCAAGAUCUCACCUCGUGGGGCAUCAAUGAUCAUGAGGAAGGUGAGGGAUCAGCCCAGAACUACACGGCAGGACCUGGUCAAUGACCUGAAGAGAGCUGGGACCACAGUCUCAAAGAAAACCAUUAGUAACACACUACGCCGUCAUGGAUUAAAAUCCUGCAGCGCACGCAAGGUUCCCCUGCUCAAGCCAGUGCAUGUCCAGGCCCGUCUGAAGUUUGCCAAUGACUAUCUGGAUGAUCCAGAGGAGGAAUGGGAGAAGGUCAUGUGGUCUGAUGAGACAAAAAUAGAGCUUUUUGGUCUAAACUCCACUCGCCGUGUUUGGAGGAAGAAGAAGGAUGAGUACAACCCCAAGCACACCAUCCCAACCGUGAAGCAUGGAGGUGGAAACAUCAUUCUUUGAGGAUGCUUUUCUGCAAAGGAAACAGGAUGACUGCACCGUAUUGAGGGGAGGAUGGAUGGGGCCAUGUAUUGCGAGAUCUUGGCCAACAACAUCCUUCCCUCAGUAAGAGCACUGAAGAUGGGUCGUGGCUGGGUCUUCCAGCAUGACAACGACCCGAAACACACAGCCAGGGCAACUAAGGAGUGGCUCCGUAAGAAUUAUCUCAAGGUCCUGGAGUUGCCUAGCCAGUCUCCAGACUUGAACCCAAUAGAAAGUCUUUGGAGGGAGCUGAAAGUCCGUAUUGCACAGCGAUAGCCCCGAAACCUGAAGGAUCUGGAGAAGGUCUGUAUGGAGGAGUGGGCCAAAAUCCCUGUUGCAGUAUGUGCAAACCUGAAGAACUAAAGGAAACGUAUGAUCACUGUAAUUGCAAACAAAGGAUUCUGUACCAAAUAUUAAGUUCUGCUUUUCUGAUGUAUCAAAUACUUAUGUCAUGCAAUAAAAUGCAAAUUAAUUAUAAAAAAAUCAUACAAUGUGAUUUUCUGGAUUUUUGUUUUAGAUUCCGUCUCUCACAGUUGAAGUGUACCUAUGAUAAAAAUUACAGACCUCUACAUGCUUUGUAAGUAGGAAAACCUGCAAAAUCGGCAGUGUAUCAAAUACUUGUUCUCCCCACUGUAUACAGCAGUCUAGUGAAUGUGCGUAGGGUCAGUGCAGAUAGUUCGGGUAACAACUAAUUGACUAUUUAGCAGUCUUGUGGCUAUUUAGCAGUCUUAUGGCUUGGGGGUCAGAGAGCUGAUGCUCUGUUACCGUUUGCUGGACGGUAGCAGAGUGAACAGUCUAUGGCUUGGGUGGCUGGAGUCUUUGGCAAUUUUUAGGGCCUUUCUCUGACACCGCCUGAUAUAGAGGUUCUGGAUGGCAGCGAGUUUGGCCCCAGUGAUGUACGGCGCUGUCCGUACCACCCUCUGUAGUGCUUUGCAGUCAAGGGCGAUGUAUUUGCCAUACCAAGCGGUGAUGCAGCCUGUCAAGAUGCUCUCGAUGGUGCAGCUGUAGAACCUUUUGAGGAUCCGAGGGCCCAUGCCAAACCUUUUCAGCCUACUGAGGGGGAAGAGGCACUGCCCGGCCCUCGUCCCGACUGUUCAGGUGUGUGUGGACCAUGUUAAGUCUUUAGUGAUGUGGACGCAAAGGAACUUGAACCUCUCGACCCGCUACACUACAGCCCCGUCGAUGUGGAUGGGAGCUUGCCCUCCUCUCUUUCUCCUAUAGUCCACGAUCAGCUCCUUGGUCUUACUGACGUUGAAGGAGAGGUUGUUGGCCUGGCACCACACUGCUAAAUCUCUGACGACCUCCCUAUGGACUGUCUCCUCGUUGUAAGUGAUCAGGCCUACCACCAUCUUGUCAUCAGCAAACUUAAUGAUGGUGUUGGAGUCAUGCAUGGCCACGCAGUCGUGAGUGAACAGGGAGUACAGGAGGGGACUAAGCACGCACCCUGAGGUGCUGUUGCCUACCCUCACCACCUGGGGGCGGCCCGUCAGGAAUUCCAGGAUCCAGUUGCAGAGGGAGGUGUUCAGUUCAGGGUUCCUAGCUUGGUGAUGAGCUUGUAGGGGACUAUGAUGUUGAACGCUGAGCUGUAGUCUAUGAUCAGCAUUCUCACAUAGUUAUUUCUCCUCUUGUCCAGGAGAGAGAGGGCAGUGUGAAGUGCAAUUGAGAUUGCGUCAUCUGUGGAUCUGUUGGGGCGGUAUGCGAAUUUGAGUGGGUCCAGUUUGUCUGGGAUGAUGGUGUUCAUGUGUGUCAUUACCAGCCUUUCAAAGGAGAGGAAAAUAAGGGAAAUAGUUGUACAGAUGAAUUGUGGCACAGGUAAGAACAUUACUGUAGGAUGUAGGGCAAUAAGCCAUUGAGUUUAUUCAGUGUGUUGGGUUUUCCCCAUCCCAUUAACAUGUGAUUGUGCUCAUCAAUCACUAUAACCAUGGUAUAAACUAAGGACUUUUUUCAGAUGCAGAUGAAUGAGGGAAAUAGGCAGACACAUUACAGUUUGGUUGAUUGAUGGGUUUCUUUCCUUCAAAGGUUUUUGUAGUUGCUGAGGCAUCUUGAACCACAGCCUCACUUUCCACCGCUAUAUUGUUUUGUACCUAUAUUUAUCAAGGCUCAAGUUUCAUGGAGAUGAAUUCUCUUGAGAUAGUUUUUUCUGUCUCUCUUUUCUCAGUCAAACUGAGAAGUGUUUUUUUCUGUUCUGCCUUGCAUGGCUCAACCCAAUCUUUUCCACACUGCGUGCACACCUGUGCUCUCUCUCUGUCUGUGUGCUGAUCUGAAAUGUUUGUUAGGGUAACCCAGAGGAUAGCACAACAAGCUUAGGAAUGUAGCCCUGAGCUUUAUUUUGCCCCUAGACGUCAUCACGCAACAAUCAUCAAAGCGCGUAACAGAACAGUGUACUGUCUACACUCGGUUUGUUGUUUUUAUGACAUAGUUUCAAUUAAAUAGUUUUUAAUCAUAGCUAAAGUUUGUAUCUUCGGAUUCCGCGAGGCGGUCAGCGUUAACGUCUGAGACCGCAAGUUUGUGUCCCGGAUUCCUGUUAAGUAGCAGUUAGCUGAUAGCCAUCAUGAAAAUGGAGCAGGCUAACGCUAGCAGUGCUAGCCCACCGGUGUUUUUAUCCACGGCUGGGCACAAAUGCGUCAGGUGUGAGAUGUUUUCCUCACAAUCACAAGAUGAAGAUAAGGUGGAACUGGAAAAUGGACAGGGAUUUGUCUGCCCUAAAUGCACCACAAUCAAGCAGCUUAGGUAAGAGAUCCUCCGGCUGUUAGCUCGGCUGCGAGAAAAGGAUAACCUGCUUUCUAAGUUCACCGACCUUGCUAUAACCCAGGCAAACCGAAUCUCAGUUUUAAAUGCCUCCUAUAGCACAGCUGUCGAUGAGUCGGGCUGCGUUUAUCUGUCCCAAUCCAACGGACAGAUGUUAAGCUCAACUCCGCGGCCCAUGAGAGACUGGACACUCGCAAGGCGUAGGAGAUCGGGGAGGCAGUCUGGCCACCCUUCAUCUAUUAGAGAAGAUCCGAUCCAGCUAUCAAACAGCUUUGCCCCGCUUGAGACGGACCUACCAAUCCCGGGAGUGAGCACGGAUCCCGGGUGUAUACCAACAGCCGGCGGCCGCCCAGUUGCACCGUCCCCCAUGGCCACCGCAGUUCAGCAGGUUGCUUCCCCAAUCGGAUUCAAUCACGACCACCAUCAUUGUGGGCAGCUCAAUGGUGAGAGAUUUUGGCCUGCCCACGGUCUGUGGACCGACCAGGGUCCACUGUCACCCAGGAGCCCAUGUCCAUGACAUCAACUCUCUGCCCACGGUUCUGGCCAACUACUCCAAUAUUGACACCAUCGUCACUCACGUAGGUUUUAACGACCUUCGUUUUAGGCGAACUGAGGGAGGACUACAAAAAAAUUAAACAUCCUCGCUAGCACAGGGAAGAGAAUAAUUAUCUCUGUCCCCCUUCCCGUGCUACCGAAGGGGUUCCGAACAUUUCAUCCGACUCUUUGCCCUGAACGAGUACCUGAAGAAACUUUGCAACUACAGGAUUGUCUCUUUUUGUGACAACUUUGACUGGAUUCACCCUAACCGCAGGGGUUCUAGGAUUAUUUCCAGCAACAUCGCAAACUGUUUUAGAUACUGACGGACAGGGUCUGGUAGUUCUCCAGUUCUCCCUGUCAGAAUAAGCAACAGAGGACUUGGAAAGCGUAUCAACUCCUGUAGAAAUGGCACUAUGAUUAUUGUGAGAAACCUAAUUUAUGUUCCUUUAACUCUGCCUUCUAAUGAGUUUAUACAAACUGUAAUCUCCUACCAUUCUGAUAUAUUGGAGACCUGUCAGAAAAUGUGGUUGUAACGUUAAUAAAUUGGUUGUUAUUCUAUUGGUACCUCGAGGCAGAUGCCCCAGGGGCAGAGUGGCCCACACUCAUUGAAUAUGACCUUUCUCGUGAAUGACCUCGUUACAGAGCGCAAAGUUGAUUGCAUGUGUCUCACUGAAACAUGGCUGUCAUCAGACUGUAGUGCCCCUCUUAUUGAAUCCUCCCAAGCUGAUACAGAGAGACUCAUCCAUGCUUUUAUUACAAUUAGGCUUGACUACUGUAAUGCUCUCCUGUCUGGUCUACCCAAGAAAGCCAUUGGUCAACUGCAAAACAUACAGAAUGCUGCAGCACGGGUACUGACCAAGACCAGACGGAGAGCACACAUUACACCAGUUUUAAGAUCUCUGCACUGGCUGCCUGUGAGUUUUAGAAUUCAAUUUAAGAUUAUUCUAUAGAUUUUCUUAAAUCAACCUACGAUUAUGCACCCCAAUACAUGUCAGACAUGCUUUUAAGUUAUGUACCCAGUAGGUCCCUCAGGUCCUCUGGCACUGGCCUUUUAACCAUCCCAAAGCCUAGGACCAAGAGGGGGACUGAAACUGUGGACAUAUUUAAAAGAGAUCUUAAAAUACAUAUGUUUAGCGUUGCUUUUCCUUAGGGUGCUCAGUUUGUGUCAUUGUUUUUUUUUUUUUAUCUUAUGUAUGUUGUGUAGUAAAUAUUUCAGCUUUUAUUUAAAGCACAUUGCGUUGUAUUCCAUGUCUGAAAUGUGCUGUAUAAAUAAAGCUUAAUUUGAUUUGAUCACCCAGGAGAGCAGCCAAGUAAACAUGCCUUACUAUCACUACAGAUCAUCUGUAAUGGAGCUGGAAAAUACACUAUUGUUUUAAAGUAUAACCUUUCUCAGGAGAUUCAUGUCACGUUUUAUGGCGCAAUGAGUAGUUCAUUGUUAAACUUUCUGACUGUAGUGAUAUUCCGUUUGUCAAAUGUUCAAUUAUAACUAAUGACAGGUACUGUAUGUUUGGCAGGAUAGCAUGCCAUAAAAGCAGCAUUCAAUAUAAUUGAAAACAGGUCAUAGAUACACCAAAAUGUACAUCACUACAUUAGCUGUAUCAAAAGGAAAGCAGAAUGGGCAUUUAAAAUGAUAUAGUAGGCUGUCUAUGAAAUGAUGAAAAAAAAUAAGAAAAAUACUUUGUUCAGGGAAGGUGUAGGAGCAGCCGCUAUGGUUUAUAAAACAGCAGGCCUCCAUAACAUCCUCUAUUUUUUCUCCCCUCCCCCUCCACAGGAGCAGUGUCUGCACAAUCUGAAGCAGCAGAGGCAGCAACAGCACUGUAAUAACUCAAUCUCUCCUCUUUUCAUUCCUGCUCUCUUCUCUCCUCCUCUCUACUCCCCCUCUCUUUAGGAGCAGCGUCUGCGCUACCUGAAGCAGCAGGAGCAGAGACAGCAGCAGCAAGCAUCAGAGCAGGAGAAGCUGCAGCGUCUAAGGGAGAACGUGGAGAACCAGGAGACCAGGCUGAAGAAGGUCCGGGCCCUCAAGGGCCAGGUGGAGCAAAAACGCCUCAGCAACGGCAAGCUGGGUGAGCACAGUGUUGCUAUGAAUGGGCAAGGGAUUGGUUGUUUGUUGGAUUGAUUGAGUGGUGAAUUGAUUGGUGGAUUUUUAUAGGAUGACUGACUGAUCGAUUGGUUAUAACCUGUGUGUAUGUGUCUCUUCCACCCCCCCCCCUUGCCCUGUAGUGGAGGAGAUAGAGCAGAUGAACAGUAUGUUCCAACAGAAGCAGAAGGAGCUGGUGGUGGCUGUGUCCAAGGUGGAGGAUCUCAGCAGACAGCUGGAAAUGCUCAAGAAUGGCAAGAUGGACUCCUUCCACGACAACCAGAGCUCUGUGGCUGAACUGGACCGCCUCUACAAGGAGCUACAGGUGUGUGUGCUUGGAGUUUGCAGAUGUGGGACAAUAGAACAUUCCAUUUUACCUGAACUAAAUCCCAGAAGCUCAGUUGUUAGAAAGUGUUUUCCAUAUGCAUGCUAUUUAACCCAGGUCUGAUUCCAAAUCACAUUCAUUUUGCAUGUGGCUCGUGUGGGACUCAAACCCUUAACUCUCUCUAACACCAUGCCCUAUCAACUGAGCCAGCAGAACCACUGGUUCAUAGCCUCAUACAGUGCCUUCAGAAAGUAUUCACACCCCUUGACUUUUUCCACAUUUUGUUCUGUUACAGCCUGAAUUAAAAAUGUAUUCAAUAGCUAUUUAAUUUUGUCACUGGCCUACACACAGUACCCCAUAAUGUCAAAAUGGAAUAAUGUUUUUCGAAAUUUUUACAAAUGAAUAAAGAAAUGAGAAGCUGAAUGUCUUGAGUCAAUAAGGAUUCAACCCCUUUGUUAUGGCAAGCCUAAAUAAGUUCAGGAGUAAUAAUUUGCUUAACAAAUCACAUAAGUUGCAUGGACUCACUCUUUGUGCAAUAAUAGUGUUUAACAUGAUUUUUGAAUGACUACCUCAUCUUUGUACCCCACACGUACAAUUAUCUGUAAGGUCCCUCAGCCAAGCAGUGAAUUUCAAACACCGAUUCAACCACAGACCAGGGAGGUUUUUCAAUGCCUUGCAAAGAAGGGCACCUAUUGGUAGAUGUGUAAAAAAAUAUAAAGCAGACAUUGAAUAUCCAUUUGAGCAUGGUGAAGUUAUUAAUUACACUUUGGAUUGUGUAUCAAUACACUCAGUCACUACAAAGAUACAGGCGUCGUUCCUAACUCCGUUACCGGAGAGGAAGGAAACCGCUCAGGGAUUUCACCCUGAGGCCAUACGUGACUUUAAAACAGUUAGAGUUUAAUGGCUGUGAUGGGAGAAAAACUGAGGAUGGGAUCAACAACAUUGUUACUCCACAAUACUUACCUAAAUGACAGUGAAAAGAUGGAAGUCUGUACAGAAUAAAAUAUUCCAAAACAUGCAUUCUGUUUUUAAUAAGGCACUAAAGUAAAACUGCAAAAAAUGUGGCCAAGAAAUUAACUUUAUGUCCUGAAUACAAAGCGUUAUGUUUGGGGCAAAUCCAACACAACACAUCACUGAGUACCACUCUUCAUAUUUUCAAGCAUGGUGGUGGUUGCAUCAUGUUAUGGGUAUGCUUGUCAUCGGGAAGGGAGUGUUUUUAGUAUAAAAAUAAAUUGAAUAGCGCUAAACACAGGCAAAAUCCUGGAAAAAAAACCUAGUUCAGUCUACUUUACAAAGACAGUGGGAGACAAAUUCACCUUUCAGCAGGACAAUAACCUAAAUCACAAGCCCAAAUAUACACUGGAGUUGCUUACCAAGACGACAAUGAAUGUUCAUAAGUGGCCUAGUUACAGUUUUGACUUAAAACGGCUUGAAAAUCUAUGGCAAGACUUGAAAUUGGCUGUCUAGCAAUGAUCAACAACCAACUUGACAGAGCUUGAAGAAUUGUUUUAAAGAAUAAUGUGCAAAUAUUGUACAAUCAAGGUGUGCAAAGCUCUUAGACUUACCCAGAAAGACUCACCGCUGUAAUCGCUGCCAAAGGUGAUUCUAACAUGUAUUAACUCAGGGGUGUGAAUACUUAUGUAAAUUAUAUAUUUCUGUAUUUGAUUUUCAGUAAAUUUGCUAACAUUUCUAAAAACAUGUUUUCACUUUGUCAUUAUUGGGUAUUGUGUGUAGAUGGGUGAGAAACAAAAUCAAUUUAAUCAAUUUUAAAUUCAGACUAACACAACAAAAUGUGGAAUAAGUGAAGGGGUAUGAAUACUUUCUGAUGGCGCACUGCAUGUCCUCUACCCUGUCCUCCAUCCGAGUUCAGCUCUCUGACAUGUCAUCUCUUGUCCCCUCUAGCUGCGUAAUAAGCUGAACCAGGAGCAGAAUGCCAAGCUGCAGCAUCAGAGAGACAGUCUGAACAAGCGCAACCUGGAGGUGGCCUCUAUGGACAAACGGGUCAGUGAGCUCCGAGACCGCCUUUGGAAGAAGAAGGCCGCUCUGCAGCAGAAAGAGAACCUGCCUGUGAGUACACACACGUAGUGUACAUACACUACACACAUACUGUACAGAAGCGCAAGCACAAGCACAAACACAUACGCACUCGCACAAACACAUAGGCACUCGCACACACACAUAAAUGCAGAACACCUACUUUGACAUCUCAAGACUUGGUGAAAGAAAUGGAACUGUUUACAUAGUGAAGCACACCCCAUCAAAAGUGAUAACCUGAGCACCCCCUAGGGGCUGGAGAGUAUAAACACACUGUAUUUUGUUUACCUCUGAAAGCCCAAGAUGCCCUGGCCCUCAGAGCUGGCCUCUAUCAAAAAAGUAAGACUCCUCAAACGUGUCUCUCGCUGCCUUUCUGCACUGACAAACAAAUCACUGACUCACAGGACUGAAAUACCCUCAUAGCUCUCCUUUCACAUUUCACUUGUUCAAUCUCAAUCUAUUCAGCAUUCUUCAACCCUGGUCCCUGGGACCCACAGCGUGGGGAGAUGUUUCUCCCAGCCCAGUACUAACACCUGAUUCAGGUAUUUUAGUGCUUGGCUGGAGCAAAAGCCUGCACCCCCGGUGGCUCCCAAAGAUCAGGAUUGAAGGACACUGGUGGAAUGAAUCAUUGUUUUGAUCAUGUCACAGGAUUGAUUUGCUAUCUCAGUUUACACUCAACACUCCCUCUCUUCAGCCCAGCUUGGCAAAAACAACUCCAGGAGAGGGGAGGAGACUAGAGCUCAGGCAGGCAAACAGACAGACAGGAAUGCCAGAGGAGAUGGUAUCACUGCCUGGUAUCUCUCUGCCCCUCUUCCUCUGAAUUGUUUUUGACUCCUGUGGUUUCCAUGGAACUUUAAUCUAUGUAAACAUGGAACUUUUUAAUCUGUCUUUGAAAGAUUUUGUGAGGAAAUUGUCAGGACACAUGAGAUUUGCUGUAGCCAUUAGUGUACUAGAACAACGUGUAAGGGCAUGGAGUGUUUGUCAAAUGGAAACUCAGAGUGGUUGUGGAUUUGCUCUGGCACUCAAUUUCUUAAACUAUGUUAGUAAAUCACAGGCAUGAUUUUAUUAUGAUUUGACAUGUUACAUGUGGUGGGCAUUUUACAGAAUCUAUCCUCGAUCAGUGGUAUUUUAAUAGAAACAAAACCACUGUCAAAUGAAUAGACAACACCCUUUACUUUCCUUGAUAACUCUAUCAUGUUGUAUUUCAAUCAAACUAACUUAAUGUGGGGAGUCUAGAUUUACAGUGCCUUCAGAAAGUAUUCAUACCCCUUGACUUUUAUAUUCCACAUUUUGUUGUUAGAACCAGAAUUCGAAAUGAAUUUAAAAAUAAAAAUAUCGAACCCAUCUACACACAAUACCCAAUAAUGACAAAGUGAAAAAAAAAAAAAAAAAAAAAAGGGAAAUGUUUGCACAUUUCUUGAAAAUGACCCGAGUCAAUACUUUGUAGAAGCACCUUUCGCAGCGAUUACAGCUGUUACUUUUUCUGGGUAAGUCUCUAGGAGCUUUCCACACCUGGAGUAUACAACAUUAGCCCAUUAAUUCUUUAGAAAAUUCUUCAAGCUCUGUGAAAUUGGUUUUUGAUCAUUGCUAAACAACCAUUUUCAGGUCUUGCCAUAGAUCUUCUUGUAGAUUUAAGUCAAAACUGUCACUCGGCCACUCAUGAACAUUCACUGUCGUCUUGGUAAACAACUCCAGUGUAGAUUUUUAGCCUUGUGUUUUAGGUUAUUGUCCUGCUGAAUGGUGAAUUAAUCUCCCAGUGUCUGAUGGAAAGCCGACUGAACCAGGUUUUCCUCUAGGAUUUUGCCUGUGCUUAGCUCCAUUCCGUUUAUUUUUUUAUCAUGAAACAUUCCCCAGUCCUUAACAAUUACAAGCAUACCCAUAACAUGAUGCAGCCACCACUAUGCUUGAAAAUAUGGAGAGUGGAACUCAGUAAUGUGUUGUAUUGGAUUUGCCCCAAACAUAACACUUUGUAACUACAAUGUUGUUUAUCCAUCCUCAGUUUUCUCCAAUCACAGCCAAUAAACUGGUGAAAUCCCUGAGCGGUUUCCUUCCUCUCCGGCUAGCGGGAAGGUUCCUGUCUUUUUCCGUGGCUAAACCAACUAGGCUCGUAAUUUAACAAUUGUAUUCGUAUAUAUGGAUGGAAUACAAGUUUGUUAUUAAGGCACAUGAAAAUGCACAUGUUCCAGAAGGCAUUUCUGCCCAAAAACGCAUUUUGAUAAAGAAUUAAUGUUUACGAUCAAAUGCCGCUCGUGUAAAGUAGUGACGUGCGACAUAUGCCUAGUUUCCUGAAACGAGUCACAAAUAGUCUGCUUUGUAAGCUGCUCUCGAUGAAAGUGUAUACUAAGCAAAACACAUUCUAUACCAUUAGAUCCCCCUCUAAUAUGCAGUGCUAAAACUCACAGAAUUAGUAAUUCAACCACAUACUGUAGUGGAAUUAAUCCUUCCCUUAAUAGGCAUACUUAAUAAUUUUAUAUAAAUGAAAACCACAAGUAGAAAAUAAUUUAAUACAAUAUUAAAAAAAGUCCAUCUUUUUAAGUCCUCUCUCCUUUGUUGAAGGGAAGAGCUGAGGUAAAGAAAGGAAAGCUCUGAAGAGGUAAAGGUGUAAUAUGUAUGUACUGUAGUUAUUACAGAUAAAAGCAGAGAAGCUGAAGGCUGAAUAGAGCAGGACUCUUUGAGGAGGUGAUUUAGUGACAGUCUGCCUUGAAUCAUAAUGAGCAGAGCUUUUUGAGGCAGCCACAAAGAGCCAUUACGUUUACCCUUCUCUCUGGCCAACUACACAGCAAGGGUCUGUCUGACAUCACCUGGUAGGCAUGUUUCAACCACAUUGGUCUCAAGACGCUAGCCUGAAAGAUGCCAGCCUAGAAUCACCUCGCUACUUCUGAACAUAUGGGAGGAACUGAUCAAUAGUGACUUAUGUACUUGUAUGGGCUUUGACUACUAGUGUGUUCAACUGCUAUUGCCUUUUGUGUUUUUGUUUUCUCAAGAAUGGCUACCCUGGUAAGGAGAGGGCUUCAAAAGACACUCAUCCCCAGGUACAGUAAUUAAUGGCAGAGGUGGACCUGACAUACAGACAUAGACACACACUGAUCUCUUCAGCAUGACUUGGCAGAGCAGCAGCAGCCGUAGGAUUUACUACAUUUCUGUUUCCAGUAGCGAUGUGCAGUUGAUUGAUCUUGUUUUAAAGGGCAUGGCUUGACGUAUUUAAUCUGCUCGGUUGUGUAAGACCUUGUUUCACACAACUGCUAAAGUUUGUUUUCUGAAACAAAAACUUUUGGAGAAGGGCUUUGGCCAUGUUAGAAAGUAAAGAGAGCUGAUAGUUUGGUCUGGCUUUUUUUCUAAAUGUUUCAGAGUUAAACUUGAUCAAGCUUUAUGUGGGGUAGUUGGAGUAUUUUUCAACAUUGUUUAGCUCCCCUAAAUUAGCUUAUCAUAUUUUAAUUCAGAACUUCAACCACUCCGUAUUUAGGAAUAGUGGCAAAUAGACUAACAGCGUAAUGUACUACUAAGCUGAGGGAGAUGCUUAAGAAAUGUAUUAUCUGUUUUUGUGAUGUACUUUUCACUCUUUACAUACUGUGUUUGUCUCUCAGUGAGUGACCCUGUUGUUCCUCCCCACUGAUGACAAGGUGGAUCUGUGUGUUUGUCUUGCUCUGAACUGUCAGUGUUACUCUCUCCCUCCCUCCAUCUCUCUUUCUCCCUCUAGCUGCCCUCUGAUGGUCUGGCGGGUCAGCAGCAGCAGCAGGGUCCUUCUCGUGUGGCGGCUGUCGGCCCGUACAUCCAGUCGUCCACCAUGCCUCGCGGCCCAGUGAGACACGAGCUGCUGGUCAAACCUGCUGUAUACCCCGACGGCACCGCCAACCUCCCCGCACACCCAGACCCACAGGGCAAGGCCAACACAGGUGAGACAGUGACCUCAACCUUACACAUGUUCCCUUCACCUUUCCCUUCUCACGUUUUCCUUCUUGGCCCUUGCAAAGUGUGCCUGUCAAUUCUUCUGCUGAAGUCUCCACUCCACCUCUUUCCCUCACAUGCCCCUUUUAACUAUGGUUGGUACUCUAUAUCUCUACCUCAGCUGAGUGAUAAAUAAAAUCACGAUGACGAGCUUGUAAGAGGUUUGACAUGUGAUUGAGUUACCCCACCCUCAACAGGAGCCGAGGAUUCUGAGAUACCCCUGUUGAUAGACGGGCUCUGGUUGUGAUGUGACUCUAAGCUCAGAAGGUAGCCUAUGGCCUUGGUGCUCUGGUGUGGCUAUUUCCUCUACCGAUGCCCCUAACCAUAGAUCUAGGAUCCGAUUACCCUACUCCUAAUUUGAACAUGAACCAUUAGGGGGAUUUAAAAGAUACUGGACCUUGAAUCAGUGGUUAUGUUGCCGUGUUGUUGUUCCCGUCUGAGAUCACAGCCUACCUUCUUAUUCAUAACUCUUCCACCACUAAAUGGCGACUUAUUGUAUGUCUGCCAGGGUGGAAUACCAGCCCUCAUGUUGCUGUGUGAUUGUGCAUUCAGAGGUUGAACCAGGGAAAGCUCAGUAGUAUUCUCCUCAGAUUGGUCAAAUGGCUACUAUCAAUUUACCUCAUCUACAGGUAACUGCCAAAAUAAAGGAAACACUAACUUAGUGUCUUAAUAGGGUUUUGGGCCAGAACAGCUUCAAUGCACCUUGGUAUGGAUUCUACAAGUGUCUGGAACUCUGUUGGAGGAUCAUGCGACGCCAUUCUUCCACGAGAAAUUCCAUAAUUUAGUGUUUUGUUGAUGGUGGUGGAAAACGCUGUCUCAGGCGCAGCUCCAGAAUCUCCCAUAAGUGUUCAAUUGGGCUGAAAUCUGGUGACUGAGACGGCCAUGCCAUAUGGCCUACAUUGUUUUCAUGUUCAUCAAACCAUUCAGUGACCAUUCCUGCCCUGUGGAUGGGGGCAUAGCCCAAAUAAUGGCCUGCCCAGCAUGACCCUAGGCAUGAUAGGAUGUUAAUAGCUUAAUUAUCACAGGAACCACACCUGUGUGGAAGCACCUGCUUUCAAUAUACUUUUUAUCCCUCAUUUACUUAAGUGUUUCCAUUAUUUUUCAUCAUCAUCUCUCUUUCUGCCAGAUCUCUGUUGUAUGUUUUGCUGUGAGACGAUACUGCCUGUUUGUUGAAUUAAACCGUGCCUGUUCAUAUUCUCCUUCCACUCUGGAUUCGGCAGCAUUCUAAAUGGGUCAGUUGGAACAAUCACAUUACCGCCAGCAGAACUGACAGUCUGACAAUCAUGUGGUUUCGGACUGGCCCGAUCAGGUCUAAAUCAGUUAUUGAGGAAAUGCGAAAGAUGGAAAGAACUAGCUAGUUCUACCACAUUUUGCUCUCCUGUACUGUCUUAAUUUUGUUGAGAAAACAGAAGACCCUACCACAGGGGUUUUCCUGUAUUGCUAUAUAGCCCAGUUUUGUCCAGACCCUUUCUAAACAUAUUUGACCUUCUAUUGGUUUCAAUUGAAAGUAUUGUUAGAAAACACCCCUUAAACCACAACUCCCUGACCACCACCACCCUCACCCCCCUCUCUCAGGUAAACUGGCAGAGUGGGGCCCUUUGGGACCAGAGUCCAACAGCAGUAGUCAUAGGUCAUCCUCCACACUGCCCAGAAUGACCUCUCACUCCAGCCCCAACACAGAGCAAGGUAACCACCCCCACAGCACAACCACACAUAAAUAUGACUGUAAGACUCGACCACACAAUGACCAGAUAUGUAGUGGCCAAAUCAUAUCCGCGAACCCACACAAACAUGAGCACAAGACUCAAACUUCCACUUUACUAUCCUUGAAUAUGCACUUAAGUAGUUACACAGUCCAGAUAGGGUUUUGUGAUUGUUUUCCCUGUAUGUGUGUCUAGUUAUGUUUACACCUGUGUUGUUGUUGUGUGUGUGUAGAUGAGACUGAGGGGAUGAAUAAGGACAGGAGGGUGCGUCCGUUCUCCAUGUUUGAGGCCACUGAGGUGCCCGCCGCCUCCCUCCGCAAGAACCAGAGCAGUGACGACCUGGUCAGAGACUCCCAGGUAAAAACUGUGAAACUGAACAAAAAUGGCUGCUUAGCUGUUUUUACUGCAGACCCAAAAUGGAUGGUGCCCAGAAAGUCAGAAAACUGAACAUUUCAUUAAACUGAGUCCAAUACCUGCCAACUUUCCUACCAACAGCUUAGAGCAGUUUCUCCAAUGCACACACACAGACACAUGUACCUACAAAUACAUGUACAUAGUACACCUUUAACAGGACAUUUGUUUUUCCAUGCAGAGGUUUGAGUGUAAGCCUGCGAGUAAUGGGGUUAAAUGAGAAGAAGAACAGUGCUUCAGAACCAUGCUGUUACAGAUCUAGAUAAUAAUGCAUCCUGCCUUAACAAGGCACUUGACCUUCUGUUCAUACUGCUCAUUAUUACUGCUCAAUCUAAUCAACCUUGAACUGAGUGGAUGUAUUUGCAAAGCAGCUAGAUUGAGCAUGACUUAUUGUGUGCACUCACUGUAAGUAGUGCAGGAUAAUUAUCGGCUGAAUGGCUGUAUUGUGAUGGGUCAACUGUAAUGUAAAUAUCAUGGACAUGAACUCUUGACAUCAGGAGUUGUCCUUGAUCAGUUGUGUGUGUGUGUGCGUGCCAUUCCUCUGUGGUCUAACCAGCUUCUCUCUGUCUCCUCCUUUCCCAAGUCUGUUGCUAAACCCCCAGUUAAGGUGCCCCCACCCGUUGCCAGCAAACCCAAAGCCCCCAGUGGUGCCCCCUAUGGCAAGCAAGGCCUCAACACAGGCACCUUCCCCAAGGCCAAGCCUCCCAGCCAGCAUCAGCAAUCCCAGGGGGGCCCACAGGCCCAUGUCUCCCUGCCCUCCUCCCAGAGCCAGACCCUGCCCCUGCCCUCAAAGCAGGACCCCCCUCCGGCGGCCACUGUCAGACCCUUCACCCCAGAGCUGCCUAAAGACCUGACCAAGCCCCAGACCCUGGCAGCCAGCUCCAUCUACUCCAUGUACACCCAGCAGCCCACCCCAGGCAAGCCCUUCCCACCAGCCAUACAGGGGGCUCUCAACAGGAGCCAGAGCCGCGGCAACGGAUUUGUCAGUGGUAAGACUACCUUCUGGUUCCUCUUCAGUUCCUGUUGACUUUAUCAGGGCUACUGUCUGUCUGGAGUCUUAAGACAAAUAGCCAAAUUAUUUUGACAAUCAAGAAAGAUGUGUGAACCAUGGCUCCAAAGCAUUUCACUGAACACCAGAGUACUAGAAACAGUCUCAUUUCUGUUAUUUUCUCUGUUUUACACUUACUGCAAGAGUAACUCCUAACAGAGAUUUUAAAGCAGGCUGACGUCAGUCCUAUGUUAAGUACCUAGGAGAGUACAGUAAUUUAAUUUAGGCAGUGGAGAGGAGAGGGUCCUGACUCAGAACAAGCUGUAGUUAGUUAAUCUAAUUAAAGGUAAUAAGCAAUGAGGCAUGGCAAUCGUUAAAUAAAACAUCAAAGCAAUCCUCAUCAUCACCCUGUUACUAUUACUGGUUUGCAUAUGCAGAUACAGUGGGGAGAACAAGUAUUUGAUACACUGCCGAUUUUGCAGGUUUUCCUACUUACAAAGCAUGUAGAGGUCUGUAAUUUUUAUCAUAGGUACACUUCAACUGUGAGAGAUGGAAUCUAAAACAAAAAUCCAGAAAAUCACAUUGUAUGAUUUUUAAGUAAUUCAUUUGCAUUUUAUUGCAUGACAUAAGUAUUUGAUCACCUACCAACCAGUAAGAAUUCCGGCUCUCACAGACCUGUUCGUUUUUCUUUAAGAAGCCCUCCUGUUCUCCACUCUUUACCUGUAUUAACUGCACCUGUUUGAACUCGUUACCUGUAUAAAAGACACCUGUCCACACACUCAAUCAAACAGACUCCAACCUCUCCACAAUGGCCAAGACCAGAGAGCUGUGUAAGGACAUCUUGGAUAAAAUUGUAGACCUGCACAAGGCUGGGAUGGGCUACAGGACAGUAGGCAAGCAGCUUGGUGAGAAGGCAACAACUGUUGGCGCAAUUAUUACAACAUGGAAGAAGUUCAAGAUGACGGUCAAUCACUCUCGGUCUGGGGCUCCAUGCAAGAUCUCACCUCGUGGGGCAUCAAUGAUCAUGAGGAAGGUGAGGGAUCAGCCCAGAACUACAUGGCAGGACCUGGUCAAUGACCUGAAGAGAGCUGGGACCACAGUCUCAAAGAAAACCAUUAGUAACACACUACGCCGUCAUGGAUUAAAAUCCUGCAGCGCACGCAAGGUCCCCCUGCUCAAGCCAGCGCAUGUCCAGGCCUGUCUGAAGUUUGCCAAUGACCAUCUGGAUGAUCCAGAGGAGGAAUGGGAGAACGUCAUAUGGUCUGAUGAGACAAAAAUAGAGCUUUUUGGUCUAAACUCCACUCGCCGUGUUUGGAGGAAGAAGAAGGAUGAGUACAACCCCAAGAGCACCAUCCCAACCGUGAAGCAUGGAGGUGGAAACAACAUUCUUUGGGGAUGCUUUUCGACUGCACCGUAUUGAGGGGAGGAUGGAUGGGGCCAUGUAUCGCAAGAUCUUGGCCAACAACCUCAUUCCCUCAGUAAGAGCAUUGAAGAUGGGUCGUGGCUGAGUCUUCCAGCAUGACAACGACCCGACACACACAGCCAGGGCAACUAAGGAGUGGCUCCGUAAGAAGCAUCUCAAGGUCCUGGAAUGGCCUAGCCAGUCUCCAGACCUGAACCCAAUAGAAAAUAUUUGGAGGGAGCUGAAAGUCCGUAUUGCCCAGCGACAGCCCCGAAACCUGAAGGAUCUGGAUGGAGGAGUGGGCCAAAAUCCCUGCUGCAGUGUGUGCAAACCUGGUCAAGACCUACAGGAAACGUAUGAUCUCUGUAAUUGCAAACAAAGGAUUCGGUACCAAAUAUUAAGUUCUGCUUUUCUGAUGUAUCAAAUACUUAUGUCAUGCAAUAAAAUGCAAAUGAAUUACAUAAAAAUCAUACAAUGUGAUUUUCUGGAUUUUUGUUUUAGAUUCCGUCUCUCACAGUUGAAGUGUACCUAUGAUAAAAAUUACAGACCUCUACAUGUUUUUUAAGUAGGAAAACCUACAAAAUCGGCAGUGUAUCAAAUACUUGUUCUCCCCACUGUAUGUCUGACUAGGUUUGUAAUGUGUUAGUCUCAGCCCUGUGGGAUUUCUCCUCUUGAGUGAAACAGAGGACAUGAACUCUCAGGGAUCUGCUCUGCUCUGGCCAGGAAAAACGUGUUGCCCUAGUUAUGAUAAGACAAACUACUUAUAGGAUAUGACAAUCAUCUGUAAAAGUGAGGGCUUUAGUGUACUUGCAUGAUUUAUUAAGAGUCCAUUAGGCUGUCUCCCUCGGGGCAAAUCCAGCAACCUGACCUGGCUGACGCAUGUUGACACGCCACAUCUCAUCCAUCGGUGAUCACUCGAGUCGAGUAUGAUUGUCCUCCAUGGGGUCUUCUAUUUGUGGGUCUUCAGAUGGCUGUAGAGGCCGAUCCGUGAGGGGUGGUUGCGGUAGGGCCUCCCUGGUGUUGUCUCUCCUUGCGUAGCUGUUUCUUGUCCUCUAUGGCACGGUGGAGAUAUUUUUCGUGUAGUGCAGCUCCCUAAGAGUUAAUAAUAUGCCAUUUAGCAGACGCUUUUAUCCAAAGCGACUUACAGUCAUGCGUGCAUACAUUUUUGUGUAUGGGUGGUCCCGGGGAUCGAACCCACUACAUUGGCGUUACAAGCGCCAUGCUCUACCAGCUGAGCUAGUAUUAUAGUAGUAUUAUAGUAUUGAUCAAUUGACUAUGACUUUUUAAAUCACCCAGCAGUGCUAUUUGCAGCGUUAGCUUCAGGUAAAUGUUGCAAUUCUUCAGCCAUAUAGCAAUGUGGGGAGGACAACAGCUUUGUAGACCAAGAGUUUCAUUUGGACCUGUAGGUAAUGGUCUUCAAAUACUAUUUUUCUCGGUCUUGCGUAAGCUCCACUGGCACAACUCAAGCGGUGAUUUAUCUCUGAGUGAAGGUCGGCUUUGGAGGAGAGAAGGCUGCCAAGGUAUGGGAAGUGAUUCACAUUUUCAAGGGUGUUAUUGUCAACCUGUAUUGUGGGCGGAGUAGGGGUCUUGUUGGGUGUUGGUUGGGAAAGGAUUUAUGUCUUCUUUAAAUUCAAGGCUAGACCCAGGGGCCUGUAUGCCUUGGCCAAGGCAUCCAGGAUUCACUUGGGGGUCUUCUUCGGAGUGUGCUGCGAUGGCAUUGUCGUCGGCAUACUGAAGCUCCAUGAGGGUGAUGGUGAAGACUUCGCUUUUGGCCUUGAACCUGUUGAGGAUGAACAGCCUGCCAUCUGUCCGGUACAGGAUUAGAAUUUAUUGUGGCAGGUCUUGGCUAAUGAGGUGGCAGCGAUGAAGACGGCAAACCAGGUGGGUGCGAUGAUGGAGCCCUGUUUGAUCCAUCUCCACAGUGACGGGCUCUGACUCAGAGCCAUUGUUGCACAGACAUGUCAUCAUGCAGAAGCCUCAGUAUUCCAAUGAAUUGUCAGGGCAGCCAUAUUUCGAGAGUAUCUGCCAGAGAGUGGCGGUCAACUGUGUCUAAGGAUUUUGUUAGGUCUAUGAAGGCCAUGCACAAUGCCUUCUUUUGUUCCCGCCAUUUCUCUUGUUAGCGUGCUGUGAAAAUCAUAUCUACAGUACCUCUGGAUGGGCGGAAGCCACACUGCGAUUCUGGGAGUACAUCCUCAGACUGGCCUAGCAGUCGGUUGGCAAGGAGAUGUGUAACUACUUUGCCUGUGGUUGACAGGAGGGAAUUGCCUCUGUAGUUCCCACACUCUGCCUUGUCUCCCUUUUUGAAGAUGGUCACUAUCAGAGCAUCCCUGAGCUCUGAGGGUAGUUCGUCCUUGUCCCAGAUCUUCAGGAGCAGGGCAUGUAUGUGGUGCAGGAGCUCUGGUCCGCCUUCCUUUAGGAUUUCUGCUGGAAUCCCGUCUGGCCCGGCGGUAAGCUUGGGCGGUAUCCAGAUUUUUAUAUCGUCACACUGUCCUUCUCUCAGCCCGGGAUUUACGGUAUUACUGGCAUAGCACACAAGGGGGUGCUAAAAAUGCAAGAAAAGACCAUUGGGCCUCUAUUACCAGAAUGCUAACAACAUUUCACAAACUAAUAGCAAAAUCACAUAGCCUUAGCUAAAUGCUAACGAGCGAAAUCGAACAUAAACUAAUUGCAAAAAUGGGUAAAUCCAGCUCAUAAAGUUAUACAAGCAUAGCUAGUAGCUACAGAAUGUCAUUUUCGGUGAGUGUGGACAUUUACAAGCGAAAGUGAAUGAGAGACAUUUUGCAAAUGAACAAAGUUUUGAUGCUUUUCUGAAGGAAGAGCAGCAUGUGUACACAGAGCAAAGGGGAGAAGAAUGGAGGAGUACAGUGGUCACCAGCCGGUCAAUCACGAUCGACUGGUCAAUCUUCAAGGCACUCGUAGUCGAUCACCAAACAUUUCUGUAGAAAAGCCAAUGGUAAAGGCAUAAAGGCUUGCGUUCCUUUUUUCGUGUUAUUCAUGUUGCGUUGUUGGCAGUAGGUGCACUUGUUUCAGAAGCCCUGUGUACAGGGUAGGCAAAGUGUUCCCAUUUUGAUCCAUUUAAUUUAUCGGAAAAGAUAAACUCCACCAACCCGGCAGACCGGGAGAUCUGUGGCUAAAUCGAGUGUGCCUACUGCGAUGAUCAAUCGAAUAGCUCAAAUCAUGACUCCGGCCACAGCACAGUUUGAUACUGGCCUAUGUGAGAUUUCAUAACUUUUGAAACCAUGACCAGAAUAGACUGUCAAAGAAUAUAGCAAAGAGCGGCUGUUUUUAUGAGUGAGUUCAUGUCUAACUUUUUAUUCAGCGCUGUCAAUACUGUUUUUAUUCAACACUAUUACAAAACGCACUUCUCCCUACUUUCAUUCGCUCUGCAAUGAAUGAGUAGCCAAGUGUAUCGAUAGCCCUGCGUUUUAAUUAUUAUUAGUAGCUCGUCGUGUACAUUUUAAAAUCGAGGAAUAUUUCUGUUUCUCUGGUCAUAGGAACAACACUAGGCUGAUGCGGUGCAACACGAGUUUCACCAUUAAGUGGAAGACUGUGUCCCCUCUCUCUGGUCAGUCUCACCAGGGGGAAAAGCAGAGAGCAGGCACCGUGAGAGGCAGACCCUCUGCUGCUCUCUACCUCCCUCCACUGAGACUAAUGCUGUGUUCAAAACAACUAGUAACUUGGAAAUCUCCGACUUCAGAGCGUUCAAGACAACUGGAAAAGCUUCAUAUUGUAAAAUAAUGUGACAGGUGAAAUGAAGAACACAAUCUGCUUUAUCUCCUAACAUAUUGCACAAGUUGACUGCAGGUAUUAACUUAAAAAGUAGUUACAAAUAUUGAAAGUUAUUGAAAAACUUAAAAUAAAUAGUUUUGACGGUAUUGAAUAACCAUCCCGCGGCUUUUUCCAAAUACCCCGGUAUACGGUAUAUACGGUAUACCGCCCAAGCCUACCCGGUGGCUUUGUUUUUCAGGCUCCUGAUGGCAUCAUGCACCUCGGUCACACUGAGGUUCCCCCAUGUCACCUCUCAUGGAUCUCUGGGGGAUUUGGUUGAUAACCUCCAGUUCAGCGAUGCUGUUGCAUUUGAUGAGUUCUUGAAAGUGCUCUCUCCAUCGGAUGUUGAUUGCCUCGUUGUCCUUCAACAAUGUUUGUGGAGCGGAUAAGGUGAUGAUAUGUCAAGCAGUCAUCUACACUGAUUAUGGCCCUGGUGACGUUAACAUCACGGAAGUCCCUAGCUCGAACAAUGACAUAAUCAAUGAGAUGCCACCGUUUGGAGCGGGGGUGCCUCCAAGAUGCAUUGAGUUUAUUUUUAUGGUGGACGAGAGUGUUGGUGAUGGUAAGGUCAUACUUAGCACAUUUGGUGAGAGGAAUUCCAUUGGAGUUGAGCCCAGCGACUGAAUCUAACACCCACCGCCUGAUGUGCCAGCUCGUGACUAGGAGCUUUCAGAUCUCACAAUCCUGCCCCGUUAGCCACUUGCUGAACUCCAUAGGACUUAGGUCCGGGAUGUUUAGGGCGGAUUCCCUUUUGGAGGAAGCCUUUGCGUGACAUUGUUUAACACUAGAACCAGUAAAGCAGUAAUUUGGACUGCUCAUGAAUUAAAACAUUUUAUUAAUCUGACAUUUUUAAAGUAAUGUCCCCCUCCUUCCUUGACUUUUCCUAAAUAAGUCUAUAUAACAAUCUGUCAUUGUUAGAAUCUUGAUAUCACAAACAGAACUGGAGUUAUGACAAUAAUUGACUAUUUUUGACUGCUGUCAUAUCGACACUUACAUUUCUUAUAAUGCCAUUAUUGGUUUUGUGCUGAGUUUCACUGUUUAUCAAGCACACUUGGCGCUUAAAAUUAUGUUUAGGCUACUGAUGUUUUCAUUUGACCACGCGUCUUGCUGACCGUGCGUCUUGGUGGUUGGGGUAUUUCUUUUAUUUUGUCGUUAUAAAAAGAAGCUGUUAGUGUUCCAACAGAUGCUUUCUGUUUCAUAGUUGUAAGAAAGGCACUCCACAAAUACAAUUUAUUGAACUUUGAAUUGAAUUUUGUUUUGUGUUUUUAUUUAGACCCCUUGACUUUUUCCACAUUUUGUGACGUUACAGCCUUAUUCUAAAAUGUAUUUAAUUGUUUUUUCCCCUCAUCAAUCUACACACAAUACCCCAUAAUGGCAAAGCAAAAACAUGUUUAUUGAAAUGUUUGCUAAUUUAUUAAAAAUAAAUACAUUUACAUAAGUAUUCAGACCCUUUACUCUGUACUAUGUUGAAGCACCUUUGGCAGCGAUUACAGCCUCGAGUCUUCUUGGGUAUAACGCUACAAGUUUGGCAAACCUGUAUUUGGGGAGUUUCUCCCAUUCUUCUCUGCCAAUCCUCUCAAGCCCUGUCAGGUUGGAUGGGGAGCGUUGCCGCACAGUUAUUUUCAGGUCUCUCCAGAGAUGUUCGAUCGGGUUCAAAGUCCGGGCUCUGGCUGGCCACUCAAGGACAUUCAGAGACUUGCCCUGAAGCCACUCCUGCGUUGUCUUGGCUGUGUGUGCUUAGGGUCGUUGUCCUGUUGAAGGUGAACCUUUGCCCAGUCUGAGGUCCUGAGCACUCUGGACAGGUUUUCAUCAAGGGGAUCUCUCUGUACUUUGUCUCGUUCAUCUUUCCCUCACUACCUGACUAUUCUCCCAGUCCCUACACGCUGAAAACAUCCCUGCAGCAUGAUGCUGCCACCAUCAUGCUUCACCGUAGGGAAUGGGCCAGGUUUCCUCCAUAUAUGACGCUUGGCAUUCAGGCCAAAGAGUUCAAUCUUGGUUUCAUCGACCAGAGACUGUUUCUCAUGUCUGAGAGUCUUUAGGUGCCUUUUGGCAACUCCAGGCGGCUGUCAUGUGCCUCUUACUGAGGAUUGGCUUCCGUGCUGGCCACCUACCUAAAGGGCUGAUUGGUGGGGGAGUGCUGCAGAGAUGGUUGUCCCUUCUGGAAGGUUCUCCCCAUCUCCACAGGGAGGAAUCUAGAGCUCUUCCAAAGUGACCAUCGGGUUUCUUGGUCACCUCCUGACCAAGGUUCCAAACCUUCAAUGCUGCAGACAUUUUUUGGUACCCUUCCCCAGAUCUGUGCCUCGACACAAUCCUGUCUCUGAGCUCUACGGACAAUUCCUUCGACCUCAUGGCUUGAUUUUUGCUCUGACAUGGACUGUCAACUGUGGGACCUUUAUAUAGACAGGUGUGUGCCUUUCCAAAUCAUGUCCAAUCAAUUGAAUAUACCACAGGUGGACUCCAAUCCAGUUGUAGAAACAUCUCAAGGAUGAUAAUGGAAACAGGAUGCAGCUGAGCUCAAUUAUCAAGUCUCAUAGCAAAGGGUCUGAAUACUUAUGUAAAUAAGGUAUUUAUGUUUUUGAUUUGUUAUACAUUUGCAAAAAUGUCUAAACCUGUUUUCACUUUGUCAUUAUGGGGUACUGUGUAGAUUGUUGAAAGAAAAAAAUAUUGAAUCCAUUUUAGAAUAAGGCUGUAACGUAACAAAAUGUGGAAAAAGUCAAGAGGUCUGAAUACUUUCCGAAUGCACUGUAUAUACACAUGUUCAUAAACACACCAACAGUGUAAAAGACACACCCUGUAAUCAAUUACGUAACAAGUUGUUAGAAAGUAAGUAGAAACUCGGCCCUCCCUCCCCAGGACAUGGAUUGUGGCAACGAAGCCUAGACCCCCUUGAUCCGCAUAUGCCUACAAUUUCAUUACAAGUCGUCACAUCCCAAGACAGCGGUCGUCAUGUGCCUUUUAUGGAGGAGUAGCUUUCCGUCUGGCCACUCUACCAUAAAGGCCUGAUUUGGGGAGUGCUGCGGAGAUGGUUGUCCUUCUGGAAGGUUCUCCCAUCUCCACAGAGGAACUCUAGAGCUCUGUCAGAGUGACCAUUGGGUUCUUGUUCACCUCCCUGACCAAGGCCCUUCUCCCCCGAUUGCUCAGUUUGGCCGGGCGGCCAGCUCUAGGGAGAGUCUUGGUGGUUCCAAACUUCUUCCAUUUAAGAAUAAUGGCGGCUACUGUGUUCUUGGGGACCUUCAAUGCUGCAGAAAUUAUUUGGUACCCUUCCGCAGAUCUGUGCCUCGACACAAUCCUGUCUCGGAGCACAGGUGGACUCCAAUCAAGUUGUAGAAACAUCUCAAGGAUGGUCAAUGGAAACAGGAUGCACCGUAGCUCAAUUUCGAGUCUCAUAGCAAAGGGUCUGAAUACUUAUGUAAAUAAGGUAUUUCUGUGUGUAACUUUUAAUACAUUUGCAAACAUUUAUACAAACCAGUUUUUUUUUAUUUAAUCCAUUUUAGAAUAAGGCUGUAACAUAACAAAAUGUGGAAAAAGUCAAGGGGUAUUUCUUAAAAGCUGAUUCAAAUGUUAGAUUUUCUCCAACUCUGGUCCUGUUGUGUCAUUGUUUAUUAGCAGGAAAAUAGGUUUAAAGCCUGCUUUAAAUCCUAACCGAUUCUCUCUAUAUGUAAAUGUCUGUGUCUCUCUGUGUGUGUGUAGUGUACGGUAAGCCUGUGAUCCCCGGCGGAGGCCCCCAGCAUCCAGAGAAUCCUUACAGCGAGCAGCAACACUCCCCAGACCAGCACUCUGAGGUGGACCACGGGGUCCCCCAUGCCCCCCCCACCGAGGGACAGCAGGGGGAGACAGAACGCACCCCCCGUCCCCUCAGCCCGACCAAGCUGCUGCCCUUCAUCUCCAAUCCCUACCGCCACCAGAGCGACGGGGACCUGGAGGCCCUCAGGAAGAAGCUGUACAACGCCCCACGGCCCUUGAAGAAACGCAGCUCUAUCACAGAGCCCGAGGGCCCCGCGGGGCCCAACAUCCAGAAACUGCUAUACCAGAAAACCACACUGGCUGCAAUGGAGACCAUCCUCACCACGCCCACCACACACGAGGCUGUGAAGGAGGAGGGAGGGGCAAGGCCUGGUGUUCCAGGGGCCCAGAUUGGUGGGGAGAGCAACCAACAGGAGAGUGUAACACUUGAGGCUGGUGAAGUCCUGCCCCCCUCCCCUAACCUCCUCCCCCCACUCCCUGCGGAGCAGACUCCCCCACCAGCCAUCCCAAAGGGAGACCAAGAGGAGUUCACCCCCCCUCCCCAUCCGGCCCAUCCUGCGCCGCGACCUGACCAGCCCCUGUUCCCCCCAUCGCCCCCCCCUGCUGCUGCUGCUGGCAUGGAGGAGCCCAGCCUGCCCCUUCCUCCAGAGAGUUUCAUGGAGGAGUUCCCCCCCUACCCCCCACCACCCUACCCCAGCGGGGCUGAGCAGGAGAGCCUGGAGGAGGACACUCUCAGUAUGCAGGCACCGGAGGUCACCGGACAGGUCACAUUGCCACCUGUAAGAAACCUAAGUUACACUGUUGUUUUAAUUAUGAUACAUUUCAUUUUAAAUGCCUUCCAUGACACUCAUAAACAUCAGCUCGCAAUCAAACACAUUUAACACCAGUCCCAGACCAAACACAUCCUCUACUUGCUGCAAAUAGCUUACCAGUCCUAAGCCAUAGCAUGUAUUAACAAUAGCCGACUGUACUCUACAGUACUGUAUGUGCCUCAUGUUGUUUAUCAGUCUCAUGGUCGAAUCAUGGGUUCUUCUGACUGUUCAGAUUAUAGAUUACAUGUUCACCCUCCACCCUCUCAUUGGUUAUAUAAGCACAGUAAUCCUGAUCAAGUGCAGUAAGAAGAGGAACCUACAGUGCCUUGCAAAAGUAUUUAUCCCCCUUGGCGAUUUUCCUAUUUUGUUGCAUUACAACCUGUAAUUUCAAUUCAUUUUUAUUUGGAUUUCAUAUAAUGGACAUACACAAAAUAGUCCCAGAGUCUGCAACACCACUAAGCAAGGGGCACCACCAAGCAAGCGGCACCAUGAAGACCAAGGAGCUCUCCAAACAGGUCAGGGACAAAGUUGUGGAGAAGUACAGAUCAGGGUUGGGUUCUAAAAAAAUAUCAGAAACUUUGAACAUCCCACGGAGCACCAUUUAAAUCCAUUAUUAAAAAAUGGAAAGAAUAUGGCACCACAACAAACCUGCCAAGAGAGGGCUGCCCACCAAAACUCACGGACCAGGCAAGGAGGGCAUUAAUCAGAGAGGCAACAAAGAGACCAAAGAUAACCCUGAAGGAGCUGCAAAGCUCCACAGCGGAGAUUGGAGUAUCUGUCCAUAGGACCACUUUAAGCCGUACACUCCACAGAGCUGGGCUUUACGGAAGAGUGGCCAGAAAAAAGCCAUUGCUUAAAGAAAAAAAUAAGCAAACACGUUUGGUGUUCGCCAAAAGGCAUGUGGGAGACUCCCCAGACAUAUGGAAGAAGGUACUCUGGUCAGAUGAGACUAAAAUUGAGCUUUUUGGCCAUCAAGGAAAACGCUAUGUCUGGGGCAAACCCAACACCUCUCAUCACCCUAAGAACACCAUUCCCACAGUGAAGCAUGGUUGUGGCAGAAUCAUGCUGUGGGGAUGUUUUUCAUCGGCAGGGACUGGGAAACUGGUCAGUAUUGAAGGAAUGAUGGAUGGCGCAAAGUACAGGGAAAUUCUUGAGGGAAACUUGUUACAGUCUUCCAGAGAUUUGAGAUUGUGAUGGAGGUUCACCUUCCAGCAGGACAAUGACCCUAGGCAUACUGCUAAAGCAACACUCGAGUGGUUUAACGGGAAACAUUUAAAUGUCUUGGGAUGGCUUAGUCAAAGCCCAGACCUUAAUCCAAUUGAGAAUCUGUGAUAUGACUUAAAGAUUGCUGUACACCAGCGGAACCGAUCCAACUUGAAGGAGCUGGAGCAGUUUUGCCAACAACAAAAAAAUCCCAGUAGCUAGAUGUGCCAAGCUUAUAGAGACAUACCCCAAGAGACUUGCAGCUGUAAUUGCUGCAAAAGGUGUCUCUACAAAGUAUUGACUUUGGGGGGUGAAUAGUUAUGCACACUCAAGUCUUCUGUUUUUUUGUCUUAUUUCUUGUUUGUUUCACAAUAAAACAUAUAUUUUGCAUCUUCAAAUUGUUAGGCAUGUUGUGUAAAUCAAAUGAUACAAACCCCCCCAAAAAAUCAAUUUUAAUUCCAGGUUGUGAGGGAACAAAAUAGGAAACAUGCCAAGGGGGGGUGAAUACGUGCGCAAGACACUCUUAAUUCAAUACAGUGGGAAAAAAGUAUUUAGUCAGCCCCCAAUGUGCAGUUCUCCCACUUAAAAGAAUCUCAUAGCAAGUAACAUACAGACCAUUGGGAAAAAUCAGCUGAAAGAAUUUUUUCAAUGAUGUGGAAAUAAGUAUUUGGCCCUACAAACAGCAGAUUUUGGCUUCACAACGUAUGCUCUCUCCCCCACUUGUAUUAUUAAUCUUUUGCUUGUUUCAGAUACACCCGUCCACAACUCAAACAGACCCAAACUCCACUAGCCAAGACCAAGAGCGCAAAGGACAUCACAACAAAAUUGUAACUGCCCAGUACUAUCUCAAUUAGCAUGGUUUGAGAAUCAACUGUGGGAGAAAUUAUUAGGAAAUGGAAGACAUACAAGACCACUGAUAAUCUCCCUUGAUCUGGGGCUCCACGCAAGAUCUCACCCUGUGGGGUCAAAAUGAUCACAAGAACGGUGAGCAAAAAUCUCAGAACCACACGGGGGGACCUAGUGAAUGACCUGCAGAGAGCUGGGACCAAAGUAACAAAGCCUACCAUCAGUAACACACUACGCCACCAGGGACUCAAAUCCUGCAGUGCAAGUCGUGUCCCCCUGCUUAAGCCAGUACAUGUCCAGGCCCGUCUGAAGUUUGCUAGAGUGCAUUUGGAUGAUCCAGAAGAGGAUUGGGAGAAUGUCAUGUCAUAUGGUCAGAUGAAACCAAAAUAUAACUUGUCAUGUUUGGAGGACAAAGAAUGCUGAGUUGCAUCCAAAGAACACCAUACCUACUGUGAAGCAUGGGGGUGGAAACAUCAUGCUUUGGGGCUGUUUUUCUGCAAAGGUACCAGGACGACUGAUCCGUGUAAAGGAAAGAAUGAAUUGGGCCAUGUAUCGUGUGAUUUUGAGUGAAAACCUCCUUCCAUCAGCAAGGACAUUGAAGAUGAAACGUGGCUGGGUCUUUCAGCAUGACAAUGAUCCCAAACACACCACCCGGGCAACGAAGGAGUGGCUUCGUAAGAAGCAUUUCAAGGUCCUGGAGUGGCCUAGCCAGUCUCCAGAUCUCAACCCCAUAGAAAAUCUUUGGAGGGAGUUGAAAGUCCGUGUUGCCCAGCGACAGCCCCAAAACAUCACUGCUCUAGAGGAGAUCUGCAUGGAGGAAUGGGCCAAAAUACCAGCAACAGUGUGUGAAAACCUUGUGAAGAGUUACAGAAAACGUUUGACCUGUGUCAUUGCCAACAAAGGGUAUAUAACAAAGUAUUGAGAAACUUUUGUUAUUGACCAAAUACUUAUUUUCCACCAUAAUUUGCAAAUAAAUUCAUUAAAAAUCCUACAAUGUGAUUUUCUGGAUUUAUUUUCCUCAUUUUGUCUGUUAUAGUUGAUGUGUACCUAUGAUGAAAAUUACAGGCCUCUCUCAUCUAUCCUAAUCAAAAAAGAAAUAGCUAUGCUUCAGUAAGCCUUCACUCUUCCCCCAUUCAAAGGUGACAAUGAAAUGUCAAAAGGGCCCUUUCUUUCAUGGGGCUAGUAAUUACCAUAAUCUGGUUGUGUAAUAAUCAGGUUGCUUAGUGAAACCAUUUUGUUUCUUCAAUGAUUUGGUCCCGUCACAAUAAGCUCAGUACUGAGCUAGGAGCUAAAGGAACAGAUUGCUCAUAUCUUUUUUCUCUUUCAAGCCAGGGUAGAUGCACAAUCAAUGGAUACUCUGGAUGCUCUAUCAAAUCGUGUUUGCAAUGUGUUAAUUUUUCUUUAGCUUGGUGUUGCAUUGUGGACUGGCACCCGUUCCAAGUGAACUGAGCAUUGAUUUGGAAUGUGGCUCAAGGACCUCCAUACAUCACCUCUCUAUCCAUUUGAGCACAGAUGGGAUAGGACACUAGCUAACAUUCUCAGACACUUCCUUGUGAGUGUGUGUCAGUGGCUGUGUGACUUCAUCAAGGUGUGACAUUGUUUGAAAAGUGUACUCACCUCCGUGUGUCUGUAUUAGGGGAAGAGGACCAACCUGCGUAAGACUGGCUCGGAAAGGAUCGACCACAGUAUGAGGGUAAAGUUUAACCCCCUGGCCCUGCUCCUGGACUCCUCUCUGGAGGGAGAGUUUGACCUGGUCCAGAGGAUCAUCUACGAGGUAAGACUAUGUCUGUGUAUGUAUAGAUACAGUUGAAGUCGGAAGUUUACAUACACCUUAGCCAAAUACAUUUAAACUCAGUUUUUCACAAUUCCUGACAAUUAAUCCUAGUAAAAAUUAUUUUUAUAAAUUAUAUAUUAUUUUAAGAAUGUGAAAUGUCAGAAUAAUAGUAGAGAGAAUGAUUUUAUUUCAGCUAUUAUUUAUUUCAUCACAUUCCCAGUGGGUCAGAAGUUUACAUACACUCAAUUCGUAUUUGGUAGCAUUGCCUUUAAAUUGUUUAACUUGGGUCAAACGUUUCGGGCAACCUUCCACAAGCUUCCCACAAUAAGUUGGGUGAAUUUUGGCCCAUUCCUCCUGACAGAGCUGGUGUAACUGAGUCAGGUUUGUAGGCCUCCUUGCUCGCACACGCUUUUUCAGUUCUGCCCACACAUUUUCUAUAGGAUGGUCAGGGCUUUGUGAUGGCCACUCCAAUACCUUGACUUUGUUGUCCUGCAACAACUUUGGAAGUAUGCUUGGGGUCAUUGUCCAUUUGGAAGACCCAUUUGCGACCAAGCUUUAACUUCCUGACUGAUGUCUUCAGAUGUUGCUUCAAUAUAUCCACAUAAUCUUCCUUCCUCAUGAUGCCAUCUAUUUUGUGAAGUGCACCAGUCCCUCCUGCAGCAAAGCACCCCCACAGCAUGAUGCUGCCACCCCCAUGCUUCACAGUUGGGAUGGUGUUCCUUGGCUUGCAAGCCGCCCCCCUUUUCCUCCAAACAUAAUGAUGGUCAUUAUGGCCAAGCAGUUCUAUUUUUGUUUAAUCAGACCAGAGGACAUUUCUCCAAAAAGUAUGAUCUUUGCAGUUGCAAACCGUAGUCUGGCUUUUUUAUGGUGGUUUUGGAGCAGUGGCUUCUUCCUUGCUGAGCGGCCUUUCAGGUUAUGUCGAUAUAGGACUCGUUUUACUGUGGAUAUAGAUACUUUUAUACCUGUUUCCUCCAGCAUCUUCCCAAGGUCCUUUGCUGCUGUUCUGGGAUUGAUUUGCACAUUUCGCACCAAAGUACGUUCAUCACUAGGAGACAGAACACGUCUCCUUCCUGAGCGGUAUGACUGCUGCGUGGUCCCAUGGUGUUUAUACUUGCGUACUAUUGUUUGUACAGAUGAACGUGGUACCUUCAGGCAUUUGGAAAUUGCUCCCAAGGAUGAACCAGACUUGUGGAGGUCUACAAUUUUUUUUCUGAGGUCUUGGCUGAUUUCUUUUGAUUUUCCCAUGAUGUCAAGCAAAGAGGCACUGAGUUUGAAGGUAGGCCUUGAAAUACAUCCACAGGUACACCUCCAAUUGACUCAAAUGAUGUCAAUUAGCCUAUCAGAAGCUUCUAAAGCCAUUACAUCAUUUUCUGGAAUUUUCCAAGCUGUUUAAAGGCACAGUCAACUUAGUGGUUGUAAACUUCUGACCCACUGGAAUUGUGAUACAGUGAAUUAUAAGUGAAAUAAUCUGUCUGUAAACAAUUGUUGGAAAAAUUACUUGUGUCAUGCACAAAGUAGAUGUCCUAACCGACUUGCCAAAACUAUAGUUUGUUAACAAGAUAUUUGUGGAGUGGUUGAAAAACGAGUUUUAAUGAAUCCACCCUAAGUGUAUGUAAACUUCCGACUUCAACUGUAUAUACUUUAUAUUAUUCCCUAAAGUAGCUCUCUAUUAAGGUAUUUUGUAAACAAAAACGUUCAUAGACGAACAGUGUUUACAAGUGCUUUUUAACAGGCUUGUGUGUAGAGAAGGAAAAUGUGUAAGGUGUUUUUGUAAUAGCAGGUAGCAUGGUAGCUGGUAAACCAUCACUCACAAAAAGUGAAGUAGUCGUAAUGUUUUUUUUUUUUUGUCUUAGCUGAUUAUACAUUUUAUUAAGUGGGUGUAAAAUAUUCUGUGUGUGUAAACCGAGUUGUAAAAUCGUAUCCACCUUUCUCUCCCAUCUCAGGUGGAGGACCCUAGUCUGCCUAAUGAUGAGGGGAUCACAGCCCUCCACAACGCAGUCUGUGCCGGACACACGGAGAUCGUCAAGUUCUUGGUGCAGUUUGGCGUCAGCGUCAACGCAGCCGACAGUGAUGGAUGGUGAGUGGACCCUAUACUACCAACACCUCUGAUUGUGGUUCUUACUGCAGCCAGUGAAAGGAGUGUGAACUCUUACUUGAAAGAAUUUUGGAAUGUAUGGUUAGAUUAUUUUUAUUUUUUUCUUAUCACAAUCUUUCUCUUUCUUCCUCUCCCUCUCUCCCUCUCCCUCAGGACUCCGCUGCACUGCGCUGCCUCCUGUAAUAACGUGCAGGUGUGUAAGUUCCUGGUUGAGUCGGGAGCAGCAGUGUUUGCUAUGACCUACAGCGACAUGCAGACAGCAGCGGAUAAGUGUGAGGAGAUGGAGGAGGGAUACACCCAGUGCUCCCAGUUCCUCUAUGGUUAGUAGCUCAACAUCUACUGGUCCUAUAGCCCUGAGUGUUAUGUCUGGGAAAGUUUAUGUGUUUGCGUGCAUAUAUCUGUGUGUGUAGGCUUUGUACAUUUUUGUUUGAGUGUGUGUGUUCUUGCUCUACUAACACCCAUUCUCCUCCUUUCUCUCCUCCAGGAGUGCAGGAGAAGAUGGGCAUCAUGAACAGGGGCGUGGUCUACGGCCUGUGGGACUACUCCAAUGACAAUUCUGAUGAGCUGGUGUUCCACGAGGGCGACUGCAUGACCAUUGUUCGCCGGGAAGACGAGGACGAGAUCGAGUGGUGGUGGGCACGCAUGGGCGACACCGAGGGGUACAUCCCUCGGAACCUUCUGGGA